AUGAGCGGUAUAGUUCGUGUUGCAUAUGGAUGCGAGACGGGUGACUUUCUUGGCGAUUACGGCCAUGUUACUCAAUGGUCCGUCAUGCAGCUCGGAUUUGCUGUUAUGUGUACCUGCAUGCCUUGUUUCCUUACUGGACUACCAGUCAACGAAGCGAAUGGUGGCGACAGGCUUGUGUGGCUUGUAUUUCGACUCCCGGAGCAACCUAAUGGUGUCAGUAUGCCAAGCCAAUCUCAAACACCUGCUCGCGGCGACCCCAACGUGCCAUUGACGACCGUCCCUCAACAACAAGCUUCAUGUGAGCAACAUGACAAACAGUCUGCCGGGGACAUUAGGACGGUCUGCUCACUUGGAUCAUCUUGCGCCGAGAGCCAAGGAGAGGGUUAUGGAUAA